AUGAAGACUGAUUUGGUGGGGAUGUCAGGCCCAAAAGAAGAGGCCAGCAAGGAGGAGAUGUGUGGCAUACAGUCACUGGACAGCCAAGGCAGCCUGGACUCCAGCAGGGAGGAUGAUGGAGAGUCUCUCAUCCUGACCCUCACGCUCUACAACGUGAGGAAGACUGAGCUCUCCAAGGCAGCUGAAGUCUUUGAGAUGUUUGAAACUCAAAUCUAUCACUUUGAAACCCGUCGAGCCAAAAAGCCCAAGAACUCUGUGGAUGAUCUUGACAUUUUUGUUGAAUGUGAAGUUCACAAUGCUGAUGUUGGUAUCCUUGUCACCUCCUUAAAGAGAGUAGCAAAGGAUGUGAAAACCAGCAGAGAAGACAAAGUGCCCUGGUUCCCCAGAAAAAUCCAAGAUCUGGACAAAUGUCACCAUCUGAUCACUAAAUAUGACCCCAGCUUGGACCAUGGUCACCCUGGAUACUCAGACCUGGAGUACAGCAAGCGGAGAGCAUUCUUUGCUGACCUGGCCUUUAAUUACAGAGUAGGAGACCCUUUACCUCACAUUGAGUACACAGCACAGGAAACAGCAACUUGGAGAGAAGUCUACAGGAAGCUGAGGAGCCUUUACCCCACCCAUGCCUGCACCCAGUACCUGGAUGCUUUCCUGCAGCUGGAGAAGCACUGUGGCUACAGAGAGGACAACAUCCCUCAGCUUCAGGACGUCUCCAGAUUUUUAAAAGAGAGGACAGGUUUCCAGCUGAGGCCAGCUGCAGGACAGCUGUCUGCCCGUGACUUCCUCGCCAGCCUGGCGUUCCGUGUCUUCCAGUGCACACAGUACACAAGGCAUUUCUCCUCUCCCAUGCAUUCCCCAGAACCAGACUGCUGCCACGAGUUGUUGGGUCAUGUUCCCAUGCUGGCUGACAAGGAGUUUGCCCAGUUCUCACAGGAUAUUGGACUGGCUUCUCUUGGAUCAUCUGAAGAGGAGAUUGAGAAACUGGCCACACUUUACUGGUUCACUGUGGAGUUUGGCCUCUGCAAGGAAAAUGGAUUGAUCAAAGCCUAUGGUGCAGGACUGCUUUCAUCUUAUGGGGAGCUGAUGUAUGCCUUGUCAAAGGAGCCAGAGUACAAGCCUUUUGAUCCAGAAGUGACUGCAGUUCACCCCUAUCAGGAUCAAGCCUUCCAGCCUGUCUAUUUCAUUGCAGAAAACCUGGAAGAUGCCAAGGUCAAGCUUCAGAGCUACGCCAUGAGGAUCAAGAAGCCUUUUGCUCUGCGCUACGACCCCUUUACCAGCAGCAUAGAGGUUUUGAACACACCACAGAAAGUCAAGAGGGCACUCCACCAGAUAAAAGAGGAGCUGGAAAACUUCUGCUUGGCCAUUGAAAGCCUCUUUUAAAACCACAGCAGUACAUCUCACCUGCCACUGAGAUACUUGUAGGUGGUGCUAGCACUUGGAGGCUUAGUGAAGAAGUUGUGCUCGCAGGCAGAAAUCUUAAAUGCACAGACCAGCUCAGUUCAGGUAAUCUUUCCACUGUAAUUUAGGCUGCUGACUUAGACGAAAUAAUGAGCUCUUGCUUAGAAUGUUUCAAUCACAAACAAGCCUUACUCCAAUUUUUGGUAGGUGAUAUGAGCAUACUUAUGUGUUAUGGGACUCUUACAGGUUUUUUUU